GAGGCAUCUAGUGGACGAGUGCCACGCUGUAGUGGGCGAUGUGUGCUCCACUGUGGCAGACGCCAUGCAGCGCUCGAUCCAGCAAAAGAACUCGCUCGUGUCUGAGAUGGAUAUCAGCGAAGUCCUCGAAGUCGCCGAAAGUGUGCGUCAGGAGUAUCACGACACUGCGUGGGAGUAUCUGAAGAUUGCCUCUACACUGCUUGUCUUUUUGAGUGCGUCGGAGGGCAAUGCCUUCACAGUUCAGAUUAAGGAGCGGCCUGCUGUCUCGCCUGGCCUCAGCCGUCUCGUGAAAGUCUUUUACCCGUACCUGGUCACCCACCCUCGAGAAGAGCUCGGCGAUAACUGGAACCCUGUCAGCAGCGUCCUGACAGCUAUGGGGCUGCUGGUGAACCAAAUCUACGUCUUGCUGGAUCCCAUGUGCAAGACGCUGCUCCUCGCGGUGCAGUUGUGCAGUCGCUCGAAUCAGGACUCGCAGGACGAAGACGACUUUGCCGUCUUCCCCAAAGUCACCGUCAUUUGUGAUCGAGACGAUGUGCUGAAUUCCAGCGUGGAAUACGUUUGGCAGCAGCAUCUAGCGUCCGAGAAGGCCACCCCGAACUUCUUGCUCUUCCCCUUCUUCAAGAGUUCAUUCGGCGAGAAACUCGUGGAGGGGGUGACGGUAGAGGAAGGGGAAGGCAAGGGCCCCCUGAAGGAAUGGUUCGUGCUGGUGGGCAAACAAUUGGCGUCAAAGUGGAAGCAAGUACCGGCAAACAAACUGUUAGCAGAGGCGAGCUCGACCCAGAUCACCGCGAGUGGGAAUGCGGUGACAAUCCCCGGUGCCGCUGCCGUCGUGUGUCCUGGUUUUCAGCUCGAAUGGGAGACCAGCGAAGGAGAAACGAUCUGUCGCGUUGUCAAUAAGGUCGUAGAGGACGACACUUUCCUGAUGGACCGAGGCGUGCCGACGCAUUCGCUCUCGCUCUCUCAAGUGCGCGUUUCGGCGCCAAAUGCUGCCGUGUUCGAAUACGUGCAAGGCUCCGAAAGCUACUGGCUCAACGAGAACACGGUCCAUUCACGCGAGACGCGCGACGUUUUGACCUUCGUCGGGUGGUUCUUUGCCAGUGCCGUGACGCACUUCAGCUCGAUACAGUUGAGGAUCCAUCCGCUCUUCUUCCGCUUGCUGCUGAACCCGCACCACUGUGUGACGCUGGAGGAGACUGAACUAUUCGAUCCGCAGCUGUUCAAGUCUUUGUCCGGGAUAAAGGACAUGAAGCCCGCCGAUUUCGCCGAGUACCUGAAGUUUGAAGGGGCGGACGAGAGCCUCAGCGUCGAGGCGUACAUCGCCAAAGUGCUCGAGGACAAGUUCGGGCCAGCGUCCGGGAUCGGGUGGCAAAUGAACUGUGUGCGUCGCGGAUUCACUCGGGUGAUUGCCAUCGACCAGCUCAGUCGAGUUGGGAUCUCAGAGGCAGACCUGGUGGACAGCAUCUGCGGCAGCGUUGGUGGAGCUGGCGAUGAUUUUGCGGUCAACGAAGUGUUCAGAGUGGCCGCAGACUCGGACUUCACUCGGUGUCAACCGCUCGCGACCGCGUUCUGGCGAACGGUGAACAGCUUUGAGCCGCCGUUCAAGCGGAAAUUCAUCAAGUUUGUGACUGGAGUGGAUACGUUGCCCCUGGCAGGCACCGAGGUACGUUCUGCAGUGGACUUCAUGUGAUAUUUAUGUUGUGACUAACCGCGUGUGUGUGCUCUUAUGCUUCGUGCGCGCGUGUUCAGUUCUUGCGGAUUGAGAUGCCGUUCACCGCCAUCUCCGGAGCCGAGCACGAAAAGUGCCUUCAGAUGUUGCCACAGGCUCAUGUACGUCUCGUGUAGCAGCACUAUGUGGACGGUGGCAACUUUCACUGACACUCGCACUCUCUGUUUACACUUUACGCUUCUCUAGACUUGCGACAAUACGCUGGAGCUACCGCACUACUGGAAGGCGCUUUGCUGGAGAGAGCAGCACAACGAGCACGAACCAAACAGCAAACUGGAGGACGAAUUGGCACUUGUACUCGGCAAGAAGCUGCGAGAUGCAGUCGAAUACUCGAGCGGCUACGGGCUUGACGGCACGUCAGCGGUCGCAGGUGUCUUC